AUGUUUCGCUGCUGUCGUUUUUCUUCCGUUUUCUUUUUGUGGCUUUUGGUUGCUCCUUUCCUGGAUUAUCGGAACAUCUUUAGCUCCGCGUUGUCCUCUACCCGUACCACUACUGGCACUGGUACAAUCUCUGGUAAGGACGCGUAUCUUGUGAACCCACCAAGUUCGCACAGUGCCAUUCUCCGUCUGAGCUACGAUGGAUCUCGUUUUUAUGGCUGGAGUGCUGCCAAUGAUAAAGAUACCAAUCUCAAGCGGGUGGCCGGGUCUUCCAGCUUACGUCGCAAACGCCGCAAAAGCAAGCUGCAGGCACCCGUGGGAAGAAUACGAUCCGUGCAAGGGGUAUUACGUCAACAACUCGCCAAAGUCUACGGCAAUGUCGAUCCGGCACAAAUCGUCGUAGAAGGAUCUUCCAGAACUGACAAGGGAGUUCAUGCCACGGGGGCCAUUGCCAUGUUCUAUGGAAUCAACUGCAACAACGAUACACGUUCUACUACUAUAGAUAGUACAAGCGAUCCUUAUUUGCCAUUACCCAUGAAGGGAGACUUCAGUCGACUAGCCUUUGCUCUCAAUCGAAUGCUACCGCCUGAUCUCAGAAUUGCUGGGAUUGCUCCGAAACCAAGCACUGACGCCAACAUGAUCUUUCAUCCUUCCGUCUCGGCCUUUUCCAAGACAUACAUCUACACGUUUUCAAUUGUUUCAAGAGGCACAAUCCCUGAUCCUACAACCAACAGAUGGGUCUGGCACUGUCCUGCUCCUUCGGACCAGCAGUUUGAUCUGGAACUGGCCCAACAAGCCUGUCGUCAAUUCCAGAGGACACACAAUUUUGCCUCUUUUCAAGGGGCUCCACGAGGGAAAACGGACAAGGAAAAACGACAAACGGCAUCUCCCAUUUGCACCCUUCAUUCCAUUUCCGUGCAACCACAAGACACCACCACCACAAUACCGUUUCCAUCGGCGCCAACGAUUACCGUCACUGUCACGGGGGAUCGAUUCCUCUACAAAAUGGUACGAUUCCUAGUGGGUGCCAUUGUCGACAUUGGACUCCACAAGAAAACGUUGCAAGAUCUAGAAAAAGCUUUGGAGGAACAUGACUGUACAUCCAAUAACGAAUUUACCACGUGUGCUCCAGCCCAUGGACUGGUUCUGCAAAGUGUUCAUUACAACAGCAGCAAUCAGCAUCCUGACGACGAUUGUUUUGAUUGGCAACCGCUGAGGAAUUGA